CGGUAUCGGGAUGCCUUCUUUGUUUACCAUCAUUCGCUAGUGGCGCGAAAAUCCAAAUCUCACGUUCAAGCGGUGUUUCACAUAGGUCCUCGUAAUUUAAUAUUAAAAGAAUCGUGUUUUGCCCCGUGAAAAAUGCCUGAAAAAGAUGAAAAUGGUACAUCCAAAGUGGUUGAAAAGUUUAACCCGGACUCGAUGCAGGAUUUGCUUCCCAUCUACUAUAAACGGUUGUUCCCGCACAUGCAGUUCUACCGAUGGAUGUCCUAUGGCCUCUCGGAACCGUCCGUAUUCUCAAACCGCGAGUUUUCAUUCACCCUGCAGGAUGACAUCUACAUCCGGUACCAGUCGUUCGAAAAUCAAUCCGAACUGGAGAAGGAAAUUUGCUCAAAGGUUCCGUUCAAGAUCGAUAUCGGAGCCGUGUACAACGUUAGGCCGAAGGAUCACCGGGCCAGCACCGUGAUGAAACCGGUCCAGCGUGAGCUGGUAUUUGAUAUCGACAUGACGGACUACGACGAGAUCCGGACGUGCUGCAGCGAAGCCAACGUUUGCACAAAGUGCUGGAAGUUCAUGACCAUCGCGUGCAAGAUCAUUGAUGCGGCCUUGCGGGAAGAUUUCGGCUUCGAGCAUCUGCUGUGGGUUUUCAGCGGUCGCCGAGGUAUCCAUUGCUGGGUCUGUGACAAAUCUGCGAGACAUGUGGACACGAAGGGACGCUCUUCGGUUGCUGAGUAUUUACACAUUCUGAUCAGCGGUGGGGAAGGAUCGGUGACUCGUGUCAGCUUAGGCGACCGGAUGCACCACUCCAUCAAGCGAGCCCACAAGAUAAUCGAACCAUACUUCGAGGAAAUCUGUUUGGUGGAACAGAAUAUGUUCGGCACUCCGGAGGGACUGCGGAAACUUCUGGCCAUGGUCCAGGACGAAGGGAUUCGACUUGAUCUGGACAAAAAGCUGAAACCCCACGCUGGCAAUUCCAAAGCCCUUUGGCAAGCUUUCGUGGCUUUCUUCGAGGCGCUGCGCGUUUCCGGACAGAACAGAAGCCGACGGUUCCGGUACAUCGUCGAGGAAACGCAGCUGGCCUUUACCUACCCCAGAAUCGAUAUCAACGUCAGUAAAGGAUUCAACCAUUUGCUCAAAUCACCGUUCUGCGUGCACCCCAAAACGGGCAAGGUGUGCGUUCCGUUUAACCCGAAUGUGGCGGAAAAGUUCGACCCGACGCAGGCUCCGAACAUUACCGUGCUUUUGAACGAAGUCAGUGCUUUCGACCAUAAACAGACUGCCGACGGUGAAGAGGAACGGUCCCGAAUUAAGGACUACAAGAAGACGAGUAUGUUCAAGGGAACGGUCAUAUUUGAGGAGUUUCUGCGGAAACUGGAACAAACGUUCAAGGGCAAAGCCAUUCUGACGAGUGACAAGAAGAUGGAGUUUUAGGUUAUACAUAUAUGGUUAAUACAUUGGAGUAAAGAGUGAAA